AUGAAAUAAGCGCAAAUAUGUUAAAACCCUUAGUUAAGUAUUUCAAUUUCAUGCCGAAACCUGUUUCACAAAUUUGCCUCCUGACUAGUGUACGUGCGAAACAAGAUGUGGAUUAUUCACGCUAUCCUACAUUAAAUGAAGAUGAUUUAGAGGAACACUUUACACGAGGCAGUGGCCCAGGAGGUCAGUCAGUUAAUAAAACUUCGAAUUGCGUACUUUUACGUCAUAUACCCACGAAUUUAGUUGUGAAAUGUCAUACACAUCGUUUAGCAUCAAAAAAUCGUAAGGAGGCUCGUAAGCUAUUAUUGGAGAAGUUAGAUAUGCACUUCAAUGGUGAAAACUCCGUACAGGCACAAUUGAAAGCUUUGGAAAACAAAAAAGCUUUAGAACGCAAACGUAGGCAAAAUAAGUUAAAUGAAAUGAAGCAAAAAUGGAAAGAACGUGAACAAUAUGAAGCCAAAGACCUUAAGCCAGACGAGGAAAAAUGAAAUUAAUUUUCAAAUUCUUUCUUUUCAUUAAGACAUGAUAUUCUAUUGCGACAAUUUGCUACUAAUUCGACAAUUAUAUCUUAGUUUAA